AUAAAGAUCUUGGAGGAGGCCCGCCGACCCGCCUCCUCCGCCGCAGUGCUUCUCCGGAGAUACAUCAGUACAAAUUUCUCUCUCUCUCUCUCUCUCUCUCAUACACACCCCCUCUCACACAGCUGGAUUUCCUCGAAGUCCAGCGAAAUUUUGCUGCAUUCCUUGCACUCGGCUUUCCUCUUCGUCCUCUUAGAGAAUCUCUCUCUCUCUAUUGACCUAGGAUUCGGGAGAGAUCGAUCGUUGGUUUGGUUUGAAAUCGCUUCGACAGUGCCGAAUUCCGUAGAAUUCUGGGUAUUUAAUUAGCGGAGAAUUCGACGGAAGAUUUCGAGUUGGAGGUGGAGGUCACACCGGCAGCGGAGCUGCGAGCUACUUCACGGUAUACGAAAGACCGGAUCGCUUCCACCGGUUUCCUGACCUGGGGCUCGAGAUUCGAUCCGGAAGCCUUCUAACCGAAGGGAUGCGCGAUCUUUUGGGAAAUUUAUUUGCGUAAGGUUCGGAGGAUCUUUGUGCCGAAACAGUGGAAGAAUUCUGUGCUUGGCGUGGAGAAUUGUUGAAGAUUAAAGAUAACAUCGAAGAGUGCGGCGACGUAUGAGGAUGGAGCUCCAAGGUAAGAAAACAACUCACGAUUUCCUGUCGCUUUACAACAAGGAUUCCCCUUUCCAACACCAGGAUCCAAGGCCUCCUUCUCAAGGUUGCUUUCUAAAGACGCACGACUUCUUAAAGCCGCUGGAGCACGCCGGGAAAGGCCGCCGCGACGAGGCGGCGAGCGGCGAUAUCGCCGUCGCCUGCGUGGGUCCCGCCGAGGUAGGGCGUGCGGCCUCGGUGGAGCACGUGCUCCCUGGUGGCAUCGGGACGUACAGCAUCACCCACGUGUCUGACCCUUCCCCGUUGGCUAUGGUGAAGCCGGAGCGUGGCACGUGCCGCGGUGUCGACGUCGAACGGAAACCGGAGCCCUAUUACGCCAACGGCGUCGCUUACGCCCCCCAGUACGCCGCUGGCGUCCCCGUCGCGCUCUGGGACGAGUCCGCCGCGAAAGACCCCGGCUCCAGAGGGCAGUGGCAGUCGUCAUUCGCCGCCUCCGGCAGCGGCAGCUUCGGAUCUCCUUCGGCCUCCAGGCAUCACCCGGCGCCGGAGAAGCCGCGAUUAAUGGAGUCGGCGUCGAGAUCCAGCAGGGGCUUCGACGAUGAGGACGACGACGACGAGGAGUUCGGCAAGAGGGAGGGCUCCUCCUCGCAUAAAGAGUUGACCGUGAAACUAGAUGGGAAGGGCAAAGGGGGCGACCAUGAUCAGAGGCCCAACACUCCGAGAUCAAAGCAUUCUGCCACAGAGCAGCGGAGAAGGAGCAAAAUAAAUGACAGGCAAGUUUCUGAACACAGUUGUCAAAAACCUCGACAAGAAUGGACCAUGAACCUGUCAUGCAGAUUUCAGAUACUUAGGGAACUUAUACCGCAUAGUGAUCAGAAGAGAGAUAAAGCGUCAUUCCUUCUGGAGGUUAUUGAGUACAUUCGCUUUUUACAAGAGAAAGUACAAAAGUAUGAGUCCUCAAUCCCGGGAUGGAGUCAAGAUAAUACCAAGUUAAUGCCAUGGGUAAAAGUCUAUUUUAGAUCAUUCUGGAAAAAUGCACGGAACAAUAACGAAUCUCCUGGAGAUGGUAUAUCUGACCCCUCUCAAGUCAUGAAAAAUGGUUCUGCUCCCCCUGGAUAUAUGUUUUCUGGAAGCGACAAUAGCAUCCCGGUUGCACCAGCAAUGGUCUCAACUGCACAGAAUCCAACUGAUUCAGAUAUGGCUGCUGGACUCUCUUACAAAGCAAUGGAAACUCCUACAAAUUUUGCGAAUGCAGAUAACAUGACAACCCAGGUCCAGCCACAAUGGUUAAGACCGUCUGGUAGUGCUGACUGUGCUGUCAGUGGUGAAAUAUUGAAUGAACAAGAGCUGACGGUUGAUGAAGGAACCAUAAGUAUGUCUAGCGCAUACUCCCAAGGGCUGUUGACUACCCUAACUCAGGCGCUGCAGAGCUCGGGUAUAGAUCUGUCUCAAGCCAGUAUCUCUGUGCAGAUCAACCUUGGCAAGCGAGCAAUUAAUAAGAGACCUGCUGCCACAGUGACUACUUCUGGCGCUAAGGACCAUGAAGACCCUGUAUCUGCUAAUCAAACAAUGGGACACUCUAGGGCGGGGUGCAGUGUCGAGGAAUCUUCACAGGCACCAAAAAGACACAAAGCCGACAACAGCUAGUGCUACUGUCCUUUGGGUUUCAUAUUUUAACUUUUGUCAUGUUACUAAACUCCUCUGAUGAAUGUAUAUUCUGUUUGGCCUCUACGGCUUCUAUGGACAGACAAAAGCUGUGGGUAUUCUUUCAUUUCUGUCUUACUUUCCAGAAGAGGCUUCCAUUACAAAUUGCGAAGCUGCUUUUCUUACAGGCUUCCAUGCAUAUGAGAAGUCUCUGUCGGAGGAACCCAGUUGUAAGGUAAUUGGAUAAUCUCUAAGGGUGUUUUGAUGGUAGUAUAUGUAAAUUAGAAAAUUUAUGAGGUCGGAACUCUACACUCGAUGAUGUCAUGUAUCCAUUGUACCGUUUGCGUCAAAAUUGAGUGGAUUUUGUAUAUCAGCAGAUGCAGCUGAUAUAUGUUUCAUA